AUGUCAUCUGUAAAACAGACUCUGUUGAACCAGAACCAGCUCACAGCAUUACAUCUUUACGAUGUGGCGCAUUGCCUUCCCUUAAAUCCGCUCAACAAGCAAUAUUCGCUCAAUUUCCUGGACUUCUUAGUUGAAAAAUCCAUUAAUCUACCUCCCAACCCAACAGUAACUCACAAGUUUUGUCGUAAUUGCGGCGUUAUAUUGAUUCCAGGGCUUACUCUUAGUUUGCGAAUCGUAUUUAGAAAGAAAACCAAACUGAAAAAGUCCAAAGAAUCGGUGAUAAGAGCAAAUUCUAGUGAAGAUUUUAAGCUGAAACCUAUACGAAAGUUGAGGUAUCGUUGUCUUCAAUGUAGAAAUCUUGAAUACGACGAUUCUUUGAUACAACGAAACGAAAAGAGACUAUCCCGACUCGAAGCGAAGGAAUCUUCCAAUGAAAUUAUGAUUGGAAAUUCAAAUUCUGUCUCCAAUAGCAAUACACCUGAACCCUUCAGAGCUGAGUGGAGCCCACUUACGAACACAAACGAAGUAUCCAAGGAUAUCAAAGUCAAGAGUAAUAAUAACAAUAGUAAAAGAAACAGUGACAACAUCACAAAAUCGAAUAGUAAGUCAAAAGAAAGAUCAAAGAAAAGAAAACAGAAUAGUUUGUCUUCCAUGCUUCAACAGAAGAAGCAACAGAAAGAACAGGAGUCCAAGACCAAUUCCUUGAACCUCAUGGAAUUCAUGCAAGGAUAGAGUACCGUCUCAUGAUUCAUGAAGAAGCAAGUUCAAUAAAGCAUAAACUAAGAAGCAUAUUUUAAUUACAAUAUGUUGCCUCCAUGAAAUACUUCAUUCAAUAAAAUCUUCUAUAAC